GAAAGGCAAGAAAAUAUAAGGAGAGAGAAAGACAAAAUAGUAGAAGUUGUAAUCAUUACAACCUACAUAACAUCUAUUGGGUACACACUAACAUCUAGUGGGUUCAUAUGAGUUUUUUUUCCAGAUGAUAAGCAUUUAUUAGCUAUAACUAGAUUUUUUUUUUUGUUUCUAUAUAUUAUUUUUUUAGUUCAGAUUACUUUUUAUGAUUCAAUAUACUAUUUUGUAUCGUAAAUACGAACAAAUUAAAUAAUGGUAAUAUUGGAUGUGAGCUGCUCUAACCUCUAAGAAGUUCUCAGCCUCCUAGCUACCAACUCAAUUAUAGACUUCCACUUGCUUCAUGUACUCACAAUGAUAUGUUAGAGAUACUUUAAUCAUGGAAAUUUUGAACUUUCCGAAGAAACACUUGGUAGAAAUCUGCUAGGCGCAAAACUUUGACUACAAUAAAUGAUGUAAAAUUUAUGCAUUUUUUGCUGAUCUGUACUAUUUUCAUACCUUUAUAUAAUGAUCUGAAACAUGGACUUGUUUAAUCAUACACUGAUUUCAUUCAUACAAAAUCAAGCUCUCGAGAUAAAUUUAGAUUUAUAAAUAUAUGGCUUCCAAAUUUGUUAGAUUUUGUGCAAUCUUCUCUGUCCUGUCUUUAUUUGCAUGCGUAUCUAACGCACAACUUUCAGCAAACUUUUAUGCAUCAAGCUGUCCUAAUCUUCAAAAAAUUGUACGUAAGACAAUGCAACAAGCUGUUAAAAGGGAACAGCGCAUGGGGGCUUCAAUACUCCGUCUCUUCUUCCAUGAUUGCUUUGUCAAUGGUUGCGAUGCUUCACUACUUCUAGAUGACACGCCUUCUUUUACUGGAGAAAAGACUGCAGUAUCAAAUAGAAAUAAUUCAGUUAGAGGCUUUGAAGUGAUUGAUGCUAUUAAGACCAAUGUCGAAGCUUCUUGUAAAGCUACCGUAUCUUGUGCUGAUAUUUUAGCUUUGGCUGCUCGAGAUGGGGUUAAUCUGCUAGGAGGGCCUUCAUGGACUGUACCACUAGGAAGAAGGGAUGCAAGAACAGCCAGUCUAAGUGCAGCAACAACUGACCUUCCGCCAGGAUCUUCUAACCUCAGCAACCUCACCUCCCUGUUCAACCGAAAAGGUCUAAACCCAAGCGAAAUGACCGCGCUCUCCGGCGCGCAUACCAUCGGCCUUGCAAGGUGUCUUACCUUCCGGCGCCACAUCUACAACGAGAGCAAUAUCAACCCUACUUUCGCCGCUACCCGCCAGGCUAACUGUCCUUUAACUGGCGGUAACCAAAAUUUGGCUCCUCUUGAUCUCAGAACUCCUACCAGAUUUGAUAACAGUUACUACAAAAAUCUUGUGGCCAAACGCGGCCUUUUGCACUCAGAUCAGGAGCUCUUCAAUGGAGGUUCUGAGGAUGCUUUGGUUCGGAGUUAUAGCAAUAAUAAUAAUGCGUUUUUUAAGGAUUUUGUUGCUGCCAUGAUUAAAAUGGGUAACAUUAGUCCAUUAACUGGUACUAAUGGAGAAAUCAGAUUGAACUGUCGUGUCAUCAAUUAGUUGGUUCACAACUGCAUACUUUGAGUGUGAUAAUAUGGUUUUCACUUUCAGAGUAUUUAAUUAAUGUAAGUGUAAUGAAAUUUCUAUUUAGCUAAAGCUUUGUAUUAGAGAAUAAUUCAAGAAGCAAAUUAUGGUAGAGCUCUUGUUGUACCUUAAAACUUACUAUCUUGAUUUUGUCUUUACUCAUUAGGGGUCAAUAUAUGUACUUAUGUAA